AUGGGGAACUGCGAGCUGCUCGAGCUGGAGGUGCCCGGGCCGCAGGACCUGCUGGACCCCCCGCGGGAGGCCGCCGAGCACCAGCCGCCCGAGCCGCAGCCGCCGCCGAGUGUGGAGGAGGCGGGGCCGCCGCGGCCCUCCGCGGCGGGCGCCGCGCAGCAGGCCCUGCAGCGGCUGCGGGAGGAGAUCCGGGCCGCCAGCCCGGAGAUGCCGAAGGCGCUUUCUCUGGUCUGGGCGGCCUUCACAGGCGCUGGAAGGAGCUGGGGGCAGAGGAGCGGCAGAGGCUCAUGA